GUCGGGCGCGCGCCAUUUCUCCGCUUCCGAGAGGGCCGCCGCCCAGCGUCGCUUCGGCCGGGAGGGCGAGCGCCGUCGCAUGGACUGACAUGGCCGCCGAGCUCGCCAUGAGCGCAGAGCUGCCCGCCGGCCCGCUGGCCAUCGACUACGUCAACGACUUUGACCUGAUGAAGUUCGAGGUGAAGAAGGAGCCCCCGGAAGCCGAGCGCUACUGCCACCGCCUGCCGUCGGGCUCGCUCUCGUCCACCCCCAUCAGCACGCCGUGCUCGUCGGUGCCUUCCUCGCCCAGCUUCUGCACGCCGAGUCCCGGCGCGCAGGCCAACCAGAGCCUGCCCGGGGGCGGGGGCGGCGGCGGCGGGGGGGCGGCCGGCAACGGCGGCGGCAACGCUCAGCACGGCAACGCGGCCAAGCCGCAGCUGGAGGACCUGUACUGGAUCCCCAGCUACCAGCACCACAUCAACCCCGAGGCGCUCAAUCUGACCCCGGAGGACGCGGUGGAGGCCCUCAUCGGCAACGCCCACCACCACCACCACCACCACCAGGCCUACGAGGGCUUCCGCGGCCAGCAGUACGCCGGGGAGGACCUGUCGGCGUCCUCGGCCGCCGCCCACCACCACCACCACCAGGGCCACCAUCACCACCACCACCACCACCACCACGCGCGCCUGGAGGAGCGCUUCUCCGACGAGCAGCUGGUCAGCAUGACCGUGCGCGAGCUCAACCGGCAGCUGCGCGGCUUCAGCAAGGAGGAGGUGAUCCGCCUCAAGCAGAAGAGGCGCACCCUGAAGAACCGCGGCUACGCGCAGUCGUGCCGCUUCAAGCGCGUGCAGCAGAGGCACAUGCUGGAGACGGAGAAGUGCACGCUGCAGAACCAGGUGGAGCAGCUCAAGCAGGACGUGGCGCGCCUGGCCAAGGAGCGGGACCUGUACAAGGACAAGUACGAGAAGCUGGCCGGCCGGACCUACGGCCCCGCCGCCGGACCCCCCGGCUCCAGAGAUCCCGCCGGCAAGCGGCCCGACUUCUUCAUCUGAUGGCCUGGCGCCCGCCUGACCGCCCGUCCGCCCCGUCCGCUCUCCAUUUUGUCGUCGGAAGCCUUUUGAGUCUUAAAACUUUUUUUGGGGGGGGGGGGGUCGCCUUCCAACCUGCUCGACGAGUCUUAAGUGACAUUCGGCAGCUUCUUGGACGCAAAGCUUGUCAACGCGGACUGAAGCGGCCCGAGAAUGAAAAAAAAAAUAACAACAAAGCCAAGCCCAAGGGGACAUUUGGACAAGCGUCGUCGGCGUGUUCGCUCCUCGCCUCUCCGUUCGCCAGCAUGCAGGACAUGUAUGGUCCGGUCCCGGUGCCCUCGCGUGUGCUCAGCAUGCAGCUUCCUCCUUCCCUCGCGAGACGCGCCGCGACUCGAGCGCCCGCCGCACAAAUCCGCAACUCGCGGAGACAAAAACCAAACGCGGAUGCCGAUUUCUCCAUCCAUUUUUUUUUCUAAAGACAUUUGCCGAGCCGGAGCGGAGACUAUUUAUUUCCAAGUGUACAGAAAAUGUUUAUUUGACGUGCUCCCCCAGCGACCUUUGUUUUUUUAUUAAGAAAAAGAAGAAAACAAAAUCGCGCUUGUUGCUUGGAUGUUUCAGCCGCGUCUUAAUAACAAAUGUUCGUCGAGGUCACAGCAUGCAAAUCGUCUCUCGGGUGUGGACUGUCAAACAAACAAAAAACAAACAAACAAACAAACCCGCGGAGGCGCCUUUGGCGGCCGGCCUCCGCGGUACUGACAACUAUGCUUGCUUCUUUUUUUAUUUUUACCGAGCUCUUGUUUUCUAGAUCGUAGAUCCUUGGAUCCUUGAAAAUGUCAUUUUCAUUUUCAACGAAGCUCACGUUUUCUAGGGUGGAAAAAAAAUUGAUUUUAAUGUUAGAAGGUGACGUCCUUGUUUUGGCUGCGAAAAGUCCGGACGCCAAAUGACGACCGUUCGAAUCCUUAUUUUAUUUUAUUUUUUCUAAUGGAAAAAAAUUGUUUAUUUUUAUUUCAUGAACAAAACGGCGCGUCUGAUAAUCGGGCGAUGCAUCGAGUAGACUCUUAAUUUCCCCCCCCCCCUUUUUUUUUUAUUCGGCAAAUUGUGGAGUUGACAAGAAACCAAGUUGGCGCGUGCCAGCUCCUUCGAAAAGAAGGCGCAGUUCAGCGCAUUCGCGUUUCUCCGAUGCGCUUAUUGAGGGUUUUUUUUUUAAAAAACUUAAUUUUUUAAUUGUAUCCGCGGCCAGCAACCCGCUUCCUCUUGGCCCGAACUUUUCAGUCGCUGUUUUCUCAUCAGCCAUCAAUCUUCUUCUAAAUAUUAAAAAAAAAAAAAAAACCAUCCCCGUUCCCGACUCGAGCCUCAUCAAUAUUACAAUCCAAUACAUGCUGAUUUAUUUCGCGCUUUCGCUUAACAAAACAGUUAACAUCAAGUCAAAUAAUCAAGACAACACCAAACAUAAAACACGGACAGUCGUGCGGUCCGAAGCACUUUUCCGUCACACGCUUUGUUGUUUGAAGCAGUUUGAGAGGCAAGAUUCUAAAGAUAUUAUCGAUCGAUGGGGGUUGCUGCUAAUGUAUAUGUGUAAAUAGUUUCCAUAUUUAUUGGCUCGACGUGUCCGACUGUCCGCAAAAAGGCCGCGAGGUGGAACGUUGUGGAGAAUCUUGUUUUGCUAAAGUUGAAUAAAAAGCCGUGUCCCAUC